AUGCAGCCGUAUUCUCCCAGAAUGCGAAAGAUGCAAGGCUCGGGGCGUUGCACCGACCGAUUCAUCCCCCUCUCCAUUAUCCUCGAGAGGCUCCAGCGCGUCGAGGAAUCCCUCACAAACAACAGAUCCAAUGCCGACAGCAGCAGCACCGGUCCCGACACGGACCCGAGUUCCGGUACGAGCUCUCGAGCGCCCGAGCCAUUUGCCACCCCUUCCCGCGCCACCAGCACAGACCUAGACUCCCCCACCUCCAGAACGCAUCCUCCGCUGCCGGUUCCGCCGCCGCGUGCCGCCAAAAUGGGCAGCAGCAGCAUCUCUUUCUCUGGACCAUGCUCUAUAUGGACGGGGACGCGUUCGCCGGAUUUCCUACGCGAGGCCUCGGACGGGCUUCCUCUGGACGCCGCGGCGGUUUUGACCAAUGCGUUGAUUCAAGUCGAGAGGAUCCGCGUCAAGGGGCUGGCGACGGCGACUGUGACGGAACAGAUUUCGAUCCCUUCCGAUCUAGCCAAGAUAUGGAUCAAGAACUACUUUACUAGGAUGCCCGAGGACGCGUUCACCAAUCUCUUCCCCGGAAACUGA